AUUUUUGUUUAAAACUACUAUAAUGUGAAUUAUAUCCUUAUUAUGGCUUAUUUUCCUUUAGCUUUACAUCAUAAAUUGUAUAUGAUACAAUAAUGAAUGUAUCUUUUAUUGGGGAAAAGAAACCAAGCCGAGGAAUAGAAUCAACUGCACUAAUUUCCAAUUGUUUAAUUUUAACUAUCCAAAUUACAAAAUAUUUUAACAAAAUUAUAGAAACCACUGAUGUGAUUUUUAGAGAAAUCAUUCAAUCAUUGAUCAUUUUUUUUUCUUAUCGUUUUUAUAUUGAUUUCAAAAAAGCUUACAAGUUAAUCUUGUUAUGCCUAAGAAGAAUGUGUCAACCAGAGAAUUUAGAUGGUUAAAAACAUGAACUGCUCCCAUUUAAUUUCAAUGUCCCCUAUUUUGACUACCUAUAACAUCCCAUCUGUAUUAUUACUUUUCUUGUAUAAUACUAUUAUUUUCUAAAUGCAUAAUUUUGUAUGUUCUACUUUAUUUUACAUAAAUUUUAAAUACUUUAUUAAUUUCCAAUAAAUUCUGUUGUACCUAUUUUAUAAAACUUAUUUAUUCAUAAUUGACUUGGGUAGUUUAGCCCCUCUCGUAUUUAAUACUUUAUCUCUGUACAAGAAAUUAUAAAAAUUCUAAUAAUUAAAUAUAUUAUUAUUAAUUUAUUUUUAAUACCUGUUGUCUCUGUUGUGAAUGUAAAAAACCUAUUCAAAUAAUAAUAAUAAUAAAUAAAAUAAAAAUGCUCUCUAACUCUGAAAAUGGCAUGGAUGUUUUAGUUGACCUAAAAUAUCAACUGUCGAAAUAAAUGAACCAAAACGUCACCUAUAGGUUUCUAUAAAGAAUUAAUUAAAAUUAAAAUAAUGUUUUAAGUUUAAUUAAAUUACUGGAAAUUAUAUUUCUUGGUAUCAAAUGUUUUAUUCAUUCAACAGAAAUCUCAUCGAUAACUCCUUUAUUUACCUCCUACCAGACUAUUUCUGUCAUACAGGGGGUAUACGGAUUAGAACCAGUGCUAUUAGACUAGAGGUUAGUAUGGUUAUGAUGCCCUAACACCCUCGGCCAUCACAACCUUCAUCUCAUUAAUAACUAUUAAGCUAUUACUGUUAAUUUCAAUUCCUUAAUUAUAACAAAUUAGUUAAUAGCUGUAAUUUUUUCUUUGAAUAUUUAUUAGAUGUUAUCGAUGUGGUUUUAGAGCAACCAUUCAAACAUGAUCAAAUAUUUUUCAUUAUUUUUAUAACACUUUAAAAAAUCUGGUGCGGUGGGUCCAUCACGCAACUUUCACUUAUCACCCUCUUCUUACCAGAAAUAAGUAUAUUCAGACAAAGGGGAAUUGAAAGUAAAAAUUCUAAUUGUUAUAUUGAUUUAUAUUUCAUUGUGGAUAUUUUUAUUUGUUUAACUACCCUUAUAUAUACAAAUUUUAAUAUUUAUGUCGCUGUAAUCUAUAGAAUUAAAUAUAAAAUAAUUCCAACAAAAACCACAUAUGUAUAUGUACAUAAUAUUGUCGGAGUUUUUAUUUUAUUAUGCUCAUGUUAUGUAUGGAAGCCUGUUCUAAUCUUCAGGUGAACUGGGCCGUGGUCUUGUUCCUUUGGUUCCUUCAUUACAACUAUUCCCUGUUAGGAUCUCAUAUUUAGUUAAUUAUCAAAUUCUUUAUAUUUAACUAUUUUUUAUAUUAGAGAUCAAUGUGAAAUAGUUAAUUGUUUCAAAUAAAAAAAAAAUAAAGGUACUUUAGAGGAAGCUAAUAUUGAAAAUUAGCCAUUUAAGUCCUGUUACAGAACAUCAAUAAGAAUAAAACUGACAUAAUAUUAAAAACUGCUUAGUUUUACACUGAUAUAAUGAAUUUAAUCAAAAUCGUUGGAACCGUUUUCGAGAAAAUAGUAAAAAUGUGUUUCAUGGAUGAUACGAAGUGCCACUUCCGGUUAGCCGAUUUUGAGGAAAAAGUUGCUAUAACAUCUCAGAUAUAUACAAACCUUAAAUAUGCAAUUUCACUUUCAUACGACUUAUCGUUUUUGAGUUAGACGUGUCAUAUACAUACAGACACAUGCACACUCACACACACACACAGACCCUUUUGCGGGACUUUGUUAUUUGGACUCAGGAGACCUCAAAACAUGUAUUUCCGUUGAAAACUCAGAUUUGAAAAUUUUCACAAUUGCAAUACUGUUCCUUACUAUAUAUUUCAUAUAUAGGUAAGGGGAAGUAAAAAAGUUACAAUUCUAUUGUCCGCUGAAACUACAUAUUUUAUUUGACUAAGGAAUAGUAAAGAAGUUAGUUCAUCUAGUUAAGACUGAAGCAGAAAGUGUGAACUGAAGAAUUUAGAUAGUUAAAACCCCUGCAUUGCAUAAACUGCAUCCAGUAAAUAUGAUGAGGUAAUUGCAUCACUGGAAUAGUAAUAGUGCCCUAAUUGUACUAUUGCCUUUCUUACAUUGUUUUAAUUUUUCAAAACAUAUAAUUUUGAAAUUGUCAAUAAUACAAGGAUUCCCUCCCCUUAAUUCUAUUAGAUGAUAAUGUGAAAUAUCUAAUAUCUCCUACACAUUGAAUAUUGUAAGAACAAGAUAAAACGGUCAAAAUUGGGACAAGAAGGCACAGGGGGUCCCGUAAAUAGAAGGGAAUAUCUAUAACAGACCUCAAGAGCUACAAAAAAGUUUAUAUUAACAAUAGUCCAGUUUCUAGCAGAGAAGUAGAAAAUUAAAGCUGUUUUUUUAAGUAAGUCAUGGUUUUUAUUAAAUAGGAAAUGAUAGCUUAAAAACUAUUUAAUUUAAGUAGUUAUAAAUUAUUUCACAGUAAACUAGACAAAAUUUACUGGAAAUGAAAGUAGAAUUUGUACUUGUUAAAAUCAUUUAGAGAGGGUAAACUAAGCUAAUUUCUGUUUUUGAAAAAAUGAUAAAUUAUUCAGAAUUUUUUAUCAUAAUUCAACUUUUAGAAAAACUUUCCCGUUUAAUAAGCUUUAAAUCCAUAAUUAAGUUGAGGUUUGUUAUAAAAUGUGAAUCAAUUCCUAUAAUAGAUAUCUGGGUAGAAAACACUAUUUCAUUACCAAUUUACAUUUUAAAAAAUCAAUGUUUUAGUUUAGCCGCUCAAAAGUCCUCUUAAGUAAAUUUUGUCUAGUUUUCAGUAAAAUAAUUUUUAACUUCUUAAAUUAAAUAGUUUUUAGUUAUCAUUUCCCAUUUAACAAAAAACAUGAAUUACUUUUAAAAAAACACAAAACUUUAAUUUCCUGCUGGAAACCGGACCAUUGUUUAUAUAAACUUUUUUUGUAGCUCUUGAGGUCUACUAUCACUCCUAUAAAUAUUUUCCCCUGCUUAUGCGACACCCUGUGUAUACUACUAAAGUAUAAUUACACUUUUUAUGUUAGAAUUAUUAUUGUUUAUUGACUGAAAUAUUUUGUACAGGUUUUAAUGUAAAAAAAAAAUCAUUAAUCUCUUCAUUUGUUAAUUUUUUGUUUUGUGUUGAUUAAAAACAAAAACGAUCAUAUAUACAAACAUGUCUAGUUUGAUAAAUUUGUUGGUUAUAUUUGGAUGUUCAACUGCUUGGUUGAUUACUCUUUCAAAAAUGGCACCAAGUUUAGUUGAUUUUAAAGAGGAGUCCAUGAGGUUUCCAACAUCAUUCAAUGAUCUUACUAGACUAUCGGCCUUAUUUCAGGCAUAUAAUAAAAACAAUAGGUUGUAUAUGAUCAUCCUUUUUACCAGUGCUUAUCUCUAUAAACAAACAUUUUGUAUUCCAGGCUCUGUUUUGCUUAAUGUAUUAGCUGGAGCAAUUUUCGGAUUAUGGACUGCUCUUCCACUUUGUUGUGUUUUAACUGGUUUAGGGGCUACAUUAUCAUAUUUGUUAUCAAAACAAUUCGCUGAACAAAUUGUUGUACAUUAUUGGCCUGAAGAAGUAAGAAAUCUUAAAGAAAGAGUGGACUUCAACAAACAUAGACUUAUACCUUAUUUGCUGUCUUUAAGACUCCUUCCAUUUACUCCUAACUGGCUGUUGAAUUUGAUAUCACCAGUGGUGGGCAUACCACUGCAUUAUUUUUUUGUAACAGCAUUUUUAGGUUUAAUACCCUACAACUACAUUUGUGUUCAAUCUGGAGCAAUGCUUUCUUCAUUUUCUUCUCUUAACGAUAUUCUCUCAUGGGAAACGUUUAUAAAAUUGACAUUUUUAUCGAUCAUGGUAUUAAUAACACCAAAAAUAAUAAAAACAUUCAUUAAUCAUCCUACAGUAUAGGGUGAUCAAUGAAUCAAGUGUUACAAUCAAUCAAAAUUUUUAAAACUAAGUGAUCAUCAUUCAAAAUCGAUGUUCACGUUAUAAUUAAUUAUGAAAAGUAAGGAUUAUUGCUGUUUUAAUCAUUGAAUACUUAACAGCUUAAUUCAGGUAUAUAUUUUGUAAGUUGAGGUUAAUAAAAAGUUUUUAUAUAUUAUUUGUUUGAUUUUAAAUUAACUUUUUAAUCUAUUAAUCGAGAUUUUAUGACCUAAAUUCCAUCUUUUUUUAUGGUCAUGUAUAUAUUCAGUGGCUCUCAUACAAAUACACACACACAGUGGUGUGAAAAAGUCUUCAAACAAACCAAAUUUUUAUAAAAUUGGUAAAUGUUUCAAUUAAAAAGUGUUUUUAUCUUCUUAAUUGUAACCAUCUUAUUUAACCUUCAGACAUUGUAGGUGUAAUAUGUAUAUAUAUAAAUUAGCAUUAUUUUCAAUUAACAACAAGCCAAGGGUGAUUGUUUAAAUUUCACUACUUUGUUAUCCAGUCCAGUCUUUAUUGUUAUCAUUAAGAGCCUUUGUAUAACCUCUAGAAAGCUGAGUGUAUCUGUUUAAAUUGUUCUGAUAUUGAAAUUCUCUGCUUUUUUGGAUAAUUUAAUUUAAAAUUCCAUAUUUCAUAUUUUCUUUUUAUUUUCUACUUAAUGUUACUUUUACUUCAGACAGUGGAAAAAUAUAUUUUUGACUGACCUAUAAUUAUAAUUUUUCAUCAACGAGGACUUACAACCAAGGAACUUAAAAAAGAAGUUGAAUAUUCUAUUUCUGGAAUUCAUUAUGUCAUCAAAAAUUUAAAAAACCAAGCAAGCUGAGACUUAAAAUGUUCAAGAAGGUCUAAAAAACAUAUUCUUGCUGUUGAACAGCCUAUAAAUUAUUGUGUUUGCUUAACUGCUAAAAAUGUAGCUGAGAACUGGUUCAGGAAAUAGCCGAUGCUAAAGGGACCCAAGUUGAUCCCGAAAAAACUUAUUUACGAUCUCUAAACUAGUGAAAGCAACUUAAGUUUGCCAAAGAACAUGAAAACUGGGCGGAAAAAGAAUGGUAAAAAUUUUUAUGAAGAGAUGAGUAAAAAUUGGAAAUCUUUGUUCCCAAAAAAAGGCAGUAUGUUAGAGGAGAUCUGAUGUGAAAUUUUCGGAUGAAUGUUUCCAACCAACAGAAAAACAUGGAAAUGACUUCUUAAUGGUCUGGGAGUAUGUUUCUAGAUCUGAAGUUGGAGACCUCUUGUGAAUAGAUGCAAAACAGUACCUGAUUGGGUAAAAGUUUAUUUUUCAGCAACAUAAUGAUAAAAAAUAUGAUAUUUUGCAAUUUCCUGAAAUAAAAGUAACAUUAAGUAGAUAAAAAAAAGAAAUUAUAAAAUAUGGAAUGUUAAAUUAAAUUAUAAAAAUAAAAAAGUGCAAAAUUUCAAUAUUAGAACAAUUUGAACAGAUACACUUAGCUUUAUUUUAUACAAAUGCUUUUGACAUUAACAAUAAAGAAUAUAGAAGGAUGCAUUUGGCACUCCAUGAACAAGCACUAGCGGAUCCAGGAUUUAAUUUUGGGGGGGCUUCAGCCCGGAAGCUUUUUAUUUCAUAUAUAAAACGAUAAUUACUUUAGAAAAACAGAAAGAUACUAUCUACCUAUAUGAAAUGGUGUUUAAGUGAUUCUUUAAGUCCUAUUAAAUGUAAUUAAACGAGCAAUAAUACAUUAAGACAUAAUUUUUAAACAUUGUUUACCAUAAAAAAUUAUUACAUUUUACCAUUUUGGGGGGGGCUUCAGCCCGAAAGCUCCCCCUCCCCCCGUAAAUUCGCCUGUGUGAACAAGUGUGACCGAAGUUAUUGUGAAGCAUGCAUUUCUCGUGAGGUCCUCAUCUAAAUAAUUACCUAUAUAUGCUACAUUGCUUUAUUCUCAGUUAAGUUCCAUCUUUUUUGUAUGGUCAUGUAUAUAUUCAAUGGCUCACAGUCAAAAUGAUACACCUGGAUAUUGAUAGAAAUUAUUUAAUAAAUAAAUAGUUCAAUUUAUAUUACAUUAAAAACAAUAAUUUAUUGUAAUCAAUAAACAUCCUAUGUUAAAGUGUUAUUUUAUUAUGUUCUUUUUCUUGUUUUUAUGUUAUAUUAUGUUUUAUAUUCUUUUCUUAUGUUUUUUUUCAUUUUAUUAUUAUUUGAAAAUUAGUACAUUCUGCCGCAUUGUAGGGCUUUAAUAUUAUGGCUACAUUUUCUUAUCUGAUCUGAAAUCUGCACUUUAUAUUGGAAAUAUUCACUUGGUAUAGUGAAUAAACAUGUUUACAUAGACAUUUUGAGAAGAAACUUGAAAGAAGUUGUGGAAAAUUUGGGCUAAAAAACAAAUGUUGUUUUUAUCAGAAUAAUGACCUCAAACACUCUGCCAUGUUAGCUAAGAAAUGGCUACUUUAUAACUGCCUCAAAGUAAAAAAAACACCACCACACUCACUAGAUCAUAAUGUGAUAAAACACCUAUGGUCAAAAUUGGUGGAAAUUAGAAAACACGAAAUUUCAAGCAAAGAAGACUUUAAAAAUAUCUUCUUGAAGAAUGGAACAGAACAGACUAAGCCCCCGGAAUCACCAAAAAAUUGGUCAAUUUCAUCACUAGCGAAUCCAGGAUUUAUUUUUGGGGAGGGGCUUCAGCCCGAAAGUUUUUUUUUUCAUAAAAAUAACGAUAAUUACUUUGGAAAAAAAGAAAGAAACUAACUACCUGUAUGAAAUGGUGUUUAAGUUAUUCAUAAAGCCCUUUUAAAUGUAUUUACAUGAAUAAUAAUACUUUAAGAGAUACUUUUUAAAUAUUUUUUUCGAUAAAAUAUGGUUAUAUUUUACCAUUUUGGGGGGGGCUUCAGCCCGAAAGCCCCCCCCCCCGUAGAUCCGCCCGUGAAUUUCAUUAAAAACAGACUGAAUUGAGUGGUAUAAAAUAAUGACUUGUCUACAAAAUGUUGAACUAAAUUAAUAGUAUUUAAAAGUUAAGGUAUCAUUUUGACUGUGAAGUAAAAUUAUCCAUGUUUUAGUUGUUUUUGAAAUAAUCAUAAUUGAAUAUUUUAUUUAGUUUGUACAUAUUUAAAAUGUGAUUAUAAAUAAAUCUGUUGAAGAGUUUCUGUUUUAUUUAUUUACUGUAACCAUUGAGGUAUUUUUUCUAUGGG